GAGUUGGCUUAUUGACUGCAAAGGAAUUGCGACAAAAGUGAAAAGUGCCAGUCUAUCUCCUGCAUAUCAACUCAAAGACUGUGGAGCAAAUCGUGAAUGCCCAAAAUGCCAUUAUCGCAUUGAUAAUAGUGAUGUGUCUCAUGAAUGGCCUGGAUUGCCUGCUGGUGUAAAGUUUGAUCCAUCCGAUAUAGAGCUUUUGGAACAUUUAGCUGCAAAAUGCGGGGUAGGAAAUUCAAAGCCACAUAUGUUUAUUGAUGAUUUCAUCCUAACAGUUGACAAAGAAGAAGGAAUAUGCUAUACACAUCCAGAAAAUCUUCCUGGUGCAAAAAAAGAUGGAAGCAGUGUCCACUUCUUUCAUAGAACCACUAAUGCAUAUGCUACUGGUCAACGUAAACGCCGCAAGAUUCACAAUCAAGAUAGUUUGACAAAGGAGGAUGUCCGCUGGCACAAGACAGGCAAGACCAAGCUCGUGAUGGAAAAUGGAGUGCAAAAGGGUUUUAAGAAGAUUAUGGUUCUCUAUAGAAUUUCAAAGAAGGGUUCGAAACCUGAUAAAUCUAACUGGGUAAUGCACCAAUAUCAUCUGGGGACCGAUGAAGAUGAACUAGAAGGACAAUAUGUUGUUUCAAAAAUUUCAUAUCAGCAGCAAAAGCAAAGCGACAACAAUGAUAGCUCUCAAGUUAUCGAAGAUUCUGAUAUGGGGAUGAUUCGAACUAGUCCCCGGACUCCAAAGACAAAUACUCCCAAUCCACCUCGGCCAGGAAAAUAUGUUUUGUGUGAUGAUGUCACAGAUGAUUAUGUGCUUCCACCCCAAUCAUUAGCACAGGAAGCUGAGUUUGCCAGAGAAACAUUCCAUCCUUCUUUCUCUACUCAGUUCAAGAAUGAUAUGGAGACCCACACUUGUUUGGCAGGCGAGUCACAAGCUAUUGAUGGCAAUGGUUUGGAUGACUUAUUGUUAUGCAAUGAGAUUUUCGAUUCCUAUGCUGCUCUUGCUGAUUCUGGACUAAAUGACAGUCCUUUCAGUACCUCUUCUCGCCCGACAAAUGAUAAUAAUUCUGGGGUAGAUAGAAAUGUAACUUGUGGAAUUGCUGAUCUUGAGAACCUAGAACUUGAUACCCCACCAGAUUUCCAGCUUGCAGAUUUGCAGUUUGGUUCUCAAGAAAGUAUUCUUGGUUGGCUAGACCGUUUAUAGAGCAAUGAAUGAUGGAGCUAAAGUUUUAUCAUAUAAAGGCGUGAUGGCAAUUGAGGUCAUGGAGUUGUAAGCUGCUGUACUACCAUGAAUCACUGUUAGGAGCUGGCUGGGUGAUCAAGCAGAAAUGACACCAAUUUUGGUUUUUGUGUUCAGGUCUCUUUGUCAAUGUUUUCUGUUUAAAUAGUACCAUUGGGAUACCUAAAUCCUUGAAAGAAAAAAGUUUGCCGUUUGUUGUUCAUCUUGUGUUGAUUGACAGAUGAUUAAUGCUUGAACAUAUGUGACUCGAAUUGAACACAAACAAUGUGGAUUGUAUCAAAUGGAUAGCUUAUUGUAGUCCUCCUCAUCACUUUAUGUCAAUUUGAUGCAUAUUUUUGCA